UGCUCGCAUCUGGAUCCCCGGCCGCGGCCAAGCGCACAGUCCACGCUCUGUCCCGCAGAGAGAGAGAGGGAAAAAACCAACCCCGGCGUCGUCAAGUUUGGAAAAGAAAGCAGAGGGAAAAAGGAAAAAAGGGAAGACAAGGAGACGAACACAUCGCCGGCAACUUUCCACCGUCUCCACCCGUGGUUGCAGCCCCGUCGGCAUACGCGCUGUGACUCUGAGAUCAGAAAGAAGUUGUCGCCUCUCCGCGUUGCUUUCGGGGACUCGACAGCCAGACAUCCGCCUCCUCGAGCCGAGUCCCGCGCCGUGUUUGUUCCCCGUCGCCGGCGCGUCGUGGCCUCGGAGCUGCGGGCGAAGGACGCGUCUGUUGCGCCGAAGAAGAGAAGCGGCGCGUCUCCAUGAGGAAGCUCGGCGUGGGAGUCGCCGCAACUUUGUCCUAGCCUUACCUGCGCGGUCGUCGCUCCGUGUGUCGCCCCCCCUCCCCCCCACCCCCCUUUUGUGCUAGUUGUUGUUGUUGUUUUUUUUUAGUUUGUCUGUUUUUUUGACCGACCGACACGACAUGAAGACGCCGCUGCUGCUGUGCGUCGCCUGCACGCUGGUCGCGUUGUCCGCGUCGGCGACCGCGGAGCAAAAGUUGAAAAACUGCAACGAGGUGCGCGCCGCGUACAGCUCCAAGGGCUUCAACGUGAACGACGUCCCCAACAAAGGGGUCAACGGAGCCCCCCUGAAAGUGUGUCCGCAGGGUUUCUCCUGCUGCACAGUGGAGAUGGAGGAGAAGCUGAGCCAGCAGAGCCACUCAGACAUGAAAGCUCCCGUCUCCAGGCUCAGCACCAACCUGCAAUCCACCUUCAGACAGAAACACGACCACUUUGACAAGUUUUUCCGUGAGCUUUUGAAAAACGCAGAGCUCUCGCUGCACAACAUGUUUGUGCGAACGUACGGGAUGAUGUACGUGCAGAACGCGGAGCUGUUCAAGAACUUCUUCGAGGCCCUGACCCGGUACUACGCGUCCGGCAGCGCCGCCGUCAACCUGGACUCCAUGCUGUCGGACUUCUGGGCCGACCUCCUGGAGCGGAUGUUCCGGCUGGUCAACGUGCAGCACGAGUUCAGCGACGCCUACAUGGAGUGUGUCAGCCGGCACACGGAGCAGCUGCAGCCGUUCGGCGACGUGCCCCGCAAGCUCCGCAUCCAGCUGACGCGGGCCUUUGUCGCGGCGCGUACCUUUGUGCGCGGCUUGGCACUCAUGCCGGAGGUGGUCAACAAAGUUUCUACGGUCAGUGCGUCUCCCAGCUGUGUGCGAGCGGUCAUGAAGAUGAUGUACUGUCCCUACUGCUCGGGCCAAGUGGCCUUGAAACCCUGCCAGAAUUACUGUCUGAAUGUGAUGCGUGGGUGUUUGGCCAACCAGGCCGACCUGGACACGGAAUGGAACAACUUCCUCGAUGCCAUGCUUAGUCUAGCUGAGAGGCUCGAAGGUCCCUUUAACUUUGAGUCCGUCAUGGAUCCCAUCGACGUGAAGAUCUCAGAGGCCAUCAUGAACAUGCAGGAGAACAGCAUGCAAGUGUCGCAGAAAGUUUUCCAGGGUUGUGGGCAGCCCAAGCCAAGCAAGGCCUUCCGUUCCAAGCGUUCUCUCAAAGAAACCGGUUUUACUGGCCGCUUCCGCCCCUACAGCCCCGAUGCUAGGCCCACCACCGCUGCUGGCACCAGUUUAGACCGAUUGACAACUGAUGUGAAGAAGAAGCUGAAACAUGCAAAGAAGUUCUGGUCCACAUUGCCAGAGACGGUGUGUGCAGGGGAGAGGAUUGCACCAGGCGAUGAUUGCUGGAACGGAACAGCAAAGAGCAGGUACGAGUCAGUUGUCAUUGGCAACGGACUGGCCAAUCAGGUGUCCAACCCUGACGUUGACGUGGACAUAACGAAGCCAGACAUCGUGAUACGCAGUCAGAUUGCAGCUUUGAAGGAAAUGACGAGUUGGCUCAAAGCUGCGCACAGCGGCCACGACAUCUCUACCGAUAUCGAUGACGAUGGCAGCGGAGGAGAGGAGAGCGGCAGCGGUUGCGACUCCCCGUCCUGCGACACGGACCGGGACAUGUACUUCUCCACUCCACCGAACACGGGCAAUCCCCGGGUCAAUCAAGUGGUGGUGGACAGAAGUCCGUCGGCUGGGGCCGCCUCACGUGGAAGCAUGGCGCUGGCGCUCUGCGGGAUGGCCCUGGCCCUGCUCGCUCCCCACUGGAGAUAAGACUGGCUUGGCAGGGAGAGGACGAGAACGACCAGGAAUGACGGAGUGAAGGGGGAAACUGUCAGAGAGACUUUUAAAAAAGACUGCCUUCAGGACCUUGGACUGUCCGCCAUUGGGGAGGGGGGGAGACUCUUCUUAAUAUUAUAAUAACUUCACUUUUAAUUAUUUGUUUGUAUGUUUUUAAGGACAUCAGUGUACAGCAAUAUGAUUUUCUUCCCAAGAAAUCCACUUUUCCCCCCUUCCUCCCCAGAUAAACUUUUACUCCUCUAUGGUUCUGCUUGCAGCAUUACAAACGUUAUAUAAUUGUCUCACGUUGGCAAUUUGUUUUCAUAAGUCAUUUGUGUGCCUUCUUUAGUGACAGCCACCUGAUAACUAAAUGAUGAGCGAGACGUUAACUUGAACAUUGAGUGCCUGUGGUGGGACACAUCUUCAUAUUUCUGAGGAUUGUCCCUCUUUCCAUGAUUCAGAGAUCAACAAAUCAUUUAACGUUGUCGUGGGUGUUAAUGUCCCACUACAACAACAACAACCUUGCACAUUGUCAAUGUGCAUACUGUGAAUGUUUGGUGUCUGUGCAUUUAUACAUUUACAUACAUCAACCAGUCAAAGCAUAUGAAGCUGAACGUGUCGAUCUCCACUAAGGAACGGUUCGAGCGUUAGUUCAGUUUGAAAGCUGCCGCUCAUCUGUCAGAAAUACAGAGAGAGACGAUACAGCACAGGUGUCGAUGUUUCACCAGGAGAUGGACUCGGUCUUUAGAAAAGCUUGUCGGGCGCUCUGUGAGCCACACUGUACAUCCGCUACGAGCAUUAUCACGACCUAACUUUUUUAAUUUCCACAUUCUUUCUUUUUUUUGUUUCCUCAUCUUAAACACCUCAAUAGCAAGGUCAUACCUCAUGCAUGCUCCCGUUGUCAAUGCAGCCGAGCGGAUUAAAGGCACGUGAUGAGAGUUGAGACAAGUGGCUGGCGACCUGGUGGAAGGAGAGGGGACUCCCCUGGCGUUACCCCGACAGAAGGCAAAGCUGAAAAGUCCUGAAAGCCCUUUUUUGGUACUGUAAGCUCAAUUCAGCACAGAAGAUCUGACUCCAUGCAGUCUUACUGUUUUGAAAAGAGAAGGUGGCGGCGCGUACGUUCAGAGCAUUUCACGUUAAACUAAAGAAGAGGAACAAAAAGAAGGUGCUUUGAUCAAAACAAAAUCAAGGAAAGAUUAUUUUAAUACAGGGUUUAAUGUCGAAGCGGUGUUGUAAUUUUUUAGAUAUUUUUUGGUAUGCAGAUAUAUAUUAGGUACUACAGUGGAAUUUACUGCUAGUUUUUAGGUGGUGGACGAGGUCGGCGUGCACAGAACAUGGGGGCACUUUUGGUCAGCGUGCACAGUGUUUUGGGGGACUUUUUUUUCCCCCUCACAUCCCCCCGCCCCUGCCCCACAAUACACACAUGUACCUCUUAAACUAUGAAUGGACUCAAUUGGAACCGUUUGAUCUACCUAUCCUCAUCCUCACGUUCUCAUCAUUUCGACUUCGAGGUGGAAUGUUGAAGUAUUGUCACAAGUGCUACCAAAAUUAAUACAUGUGGUGCCUGAUCUUUGGUUUUGUUUUUUGUUUUUUUACCUUGGUACAUUAUUAGCAACUCGGAAAAGUAAUUAACAAAAAAAGAAUGUAGAUGUUGAUGAUUUUUAUCUUAUCUUCUCAGAUUCUCCCGAAGGGUGUUUUUGAGUUUAUUGUUACCAGCUGACGAGCACAACAUAAGAUUUUAUUUUGUCUUUCUAAUUUGAUGAGCGGGUCUGUAAGUUGCAUUACCUGGCCAUUUCAUCUCUCAACUGAUGCUGCCUCAUGUAGCUUCUGUACAGUAAUUUAUGCAUGUAAUUUAAUGUCAUUUCAAACGCUUCUAGAACUGUCAUAGAUCAUCCAAACUACAGUGUUCAGGAUGUUUCGAUAUGCAGCACGAUCAAUUUCUCAAAAGUAUUUGAAUUGGUCUCAGAUUUGGAGGCUUUGAAUAUGCAUUUUGCUAAAAUUGAGCAAUGGAUCCGCACGUUUUCACAUUUGUCUUCAGGUCUGAAACAAUUGGUUGUUCAAUACUGGACACAACCUGUUCGCCUCUUGUUUGGCUUUGUAAUUCAAUUAGAUUUUCUCCAAACAAAGGGAUACAAGAAGAUCAUUACUAAGAAUCUGAUUUGAUGAGACAUCUAUGCAACCUGUAUUCAAAAACUGAAGCCUUAAUUUAACAUGAUGUAUUUGGGGCUGCAGCAGUUCGAUUUUACAUUAAUUCUGCAUGUAACAGGUUCAAUUCCCCUGAUUCUUUUUUUUUUUUUUUUUUUAAAUGUUCCACCAACAUUUCUACAAGGGCUUGUGCAUGUGUUCGUGUCAUGUGGAAGCAAGUUUGUCAAGUGUGAAGAAACCCCAACUUUCUGAGAGUCAGAGGAAAGCUUUUGGGUGAUGAUGGUAAAUGUCUGUGUUUGCGGGCCGGGGCAGCAAAACAUUUCACGGCUGGCAGGAGUUGGUCCAGCUGCUGGAUGGUGUUCUUUCCAUCCACAGAGCCAACCUCAGUCUAGUGACUUUUAAAGUUGAGUUGGACAAGUGUUGAAACCUGUACUUCUGCCUUUGGCCCACAAGAACAGAGAGGACUCACUUUCUAAAGGAGGAGAGAGUGAGAGACGUGACUUAAAAGAGCGAGAAAAAAAUCAAAACGAAAUAUGUAAAUAAAGAGCAGCCGUUUUUAGAUGUCUCUGAAAGAGGCCGUAACAUUACACCAGAUUUUUACUUGUCAGAGUAUCUCCUAAAUGCUAUGGGAAAAAACAAGAUGAGAUAGAUGUUAAAUUGUAAGAGAAAAUGUAUAUUAAACAACAUUUCUUAGUCUUGUUGAAAUAAAGACUGCCAAUAUUUAAA